CUUUAACCGCCUUCUUCUAUUAAACAGAACAGUACUCGUACAUACAAUAUAAUAUUCGUACAAUACUUUGCACUCCUGUAUACACAAUACAUACAGCGUCGCAGCAUACCGAUUGUGCCAGCCAAAUAGAUCAAUUACACCAUGCGCGCGGCCUUAAGACUCUAUCAAGCACAGAAGGUGUUGCUGCCUCGGCUGUCCUUCUACGGCAAGUCGGGUGAAUGCAUGUUGUGCGACCAGGCGAAGCAAGUGCUGUUGGAGGUAGAAGACGAGGCCCCACACAGCGUGGAAUGGAUUGACAUCACCGACCCCAGAGAGAAGGAGGCGUUCGACGAGUACAAGUGGGACAUCCCAGUGCUGCACCUGAACGGGAAGGAAAUAAUGCGUCAUCGGUUUGACGCAAAGAAAUUGGUGAAGCUAUUGCACGAAUCCCAAACGACCGUCGGCAAAGGCUAAACUCUGACAUUGGAGCCAAAAUAUAGUGGUGGUAUACUUGUAAUACACGCACAAACGUGCGUAAGGUAUACGCCAGGGCUCGGCAGGUGCGCUUCUACUUAGAACAUACCAUGUUGCUUCGUAGGGUGUAGUUCUGCAUCACGCCACAAUAGUACGAGUUUGUGCACGGCAACCUUCGCAACGAGAAAGGUUAGCACGGACAGCGACACGCAGAGCAGGUUAAAGUCAAAUGAUCUGAAUGUUUUAGCGACAAAAAGUCGGCAUGCAGGUGCAUCUGAGAUGAUUGGACUCUGUGUUGUAUGUCUGAGAUGACUAGUUCGACCUAGUGCAGACCUACACAGAAACAUGUUGGGAAGGAAAGUCAUCGGCAUUGCUGUGGAGCCAGGAGUGAUAGGAGUGAUCGAUGAAGGUUUAACCUCAGCACCACAGCUUUAGUAACUUUGAUUUUUUUGUAGACCCAAUGCUCAGCGUAAUGGCACAUGAUGGUCGCCCACUAUGUGCUUCUGAUUCAUCAACAGCGAGGAACCCUGCCGCUCUUACCAUAGGCUGGCCAUUUGACAUUGACAAAUAAAAUUACUUCGGCAGCCGA